AUGACCCUGGAGAAGCAAGACAGGCCACACCUCCCUCCGUUGUCUCUUGUAGAGCGUCCCACGCAGGUCACGCUGAAGCUGAAGCCCUCGAGGGUGGUGGUGGGCAAGCCCUCCACCAUCGAGUGUGGGGUGCCAGCUGUGAAGCCUCUUCAGAGCCUCGCCCUCACCCUGUUGCAUGGUACAGAGAUCCUUCAGAACCAGACCUUCACGGAUGCUGUGUCUGCUUCCCAUGAGGCCACCACCACCUUCAACCACAUGGCUCAGAGAGAAGAUGGCCUCCUGAACUUCUCCUGCCGGGCUGAGCUGGACCUGCGGUCUCUUGGUGGGAGCCUCUUCCACAGCAUCUCAGAGCUCCAGACCCUUGAGGUCUAUGAGCCUGAGCAGGACGGCAUGGUCUUUAUCAUCCCCAUCGUGUCGGUGCUGCUGUUGGUGACAUCUGUCCUGCUCUGCUUUGUCUGGGGCCAGCGUUUGCAUCAGAGGCGGAGAGGCCCGUAUGGGGUGCUAGCUGCCUGGAGGCAGCCGCCCGGGCCCUUCCGGUCACACCCUGUAUGACCCGCCUGCCCACUGGCAUGGCGAUGCUGGCACUCAGCCCUGGUUGAAGGACUGGGACUGCAGUCCCCUCUGGAGAUGUUCUUUUCGAGCCUCAACACAGACCCUUCGACGUAACCCUGUGUUCUCCAUAUCCGUCCCUGGGAUCACCGCCAACAGCUGGCAGCAGAUGUGGCCUUCUCUCCCUCAGUGUCUCCCUGUCCUCUCCUUCACAAAGGUUUCCAGAGCCCAAGUCUGCCCUGAGCAGCCCCUCACGGACCAGUCCAGGCCUCGGAGGACCACCCUCACUACCAGUGACCGAUUCCUACUGUGGGGAGGGGGGGUGCGUCCCCAGUGCGCUUUGGGCCAGAGGGCGCUCAGCCCGUUCCUAGGAGCAGUACACAGCCCUGACUCUCUUUCUGCU